GACCUCAGCCAACGCUCACUGUCACUCCUCACACACGUGUCAGCGCUACAGGACUUACUUCCGGUUCAACAUGGCGGCAUCCAUGGCAUGUCAGGCGGCUGUGAUAGGACUCCGAGCAGCGAGCACUAAACAACUGCUUGUGAGCCGAAACCAGUUAGCGAGGGUAAGUCCCAGAAGAUGGCUGAACCUGCAGGAGUACCAGAGCAAGAAGCUGAUGCAGGACAACGGCGUGACAGUCCAGCGCUUCUUUGUGGCUGACUCUGCCUCUGAAGCCCUGGAGGCUGCCAAGAGACUCAAAGCGAAGGAGAUUGUCCUGAAAGCUCAGAUUUUAGCGGGAGGAAGAGGCAAAGGAGUGUUCGACAGCGGCCUGAAAGGAGGGGUGCAUUUAACAAAAGAUUUUGAUGUACAGGUGCAUCUCAAUAAAUUAGAAUGUCGUGGAAAAGUUAGUCUGACCACCAAACAGACCCCUAAGGAAGGAGUGAAAGUGAAAAUGGUGAUGGUUGCUGAAGCUCUGGAUAUCUCCAGGGAAACAUAUUUCGCCAUCCUGAUGGACCGUUCCUGUAAUGGACCCGUGAUGGUGGGCAGUCCUCAGGGGGGUGUGGACAUAGAGGAAGUGGCUUCCACCACGCCAGAGCUCAUCUUCAAGGAAGUCAUAGAUAUUUUCGAGGGGGUCCGAGACGACCAGGCACUACGUAUGGCAGCUAAUUUGGGAUUCAAAGGGCCGUUGGAGAGACAGGCUGCAGAUCAGAUUAAGCGACUCUAUGAUCUGUUCCUCAAAGUCGACGCCACUCAAGUCGAAGUCAAUCCGCUCGGAGAAACACCUGAGGGACAAGUGGUUUGCUUUGAUGCUAAAAUCAACUUCGACGACAAUGCAGAGUUUAGACAGAAAGCUGUGUUCGCCAUGGACGAUACUGCGGAGAGUGACCCCUUGGAGACUGAAGCAGCCAAAUAUGAUCUCAAGUACAUCGGACUGGAUGGAAACAUAGCCUGUUUUGUUAAUGGUGCAGGCCUUGCUAUGGCAACAUGUGAUAUUAUCGACUUGCAUGGUGGAAAGCCUGCUAACUUCUUGGACCUGGGUGGAGGUGUAAAGGAGAACCAGGUGUAUGCAGCCUUCAAGCUUCUCACUGCUGAUCCCAAGGUUGAGGCCAUCUUGGUAAACAUCUUUGGGGGGAUUGUUAACUGUGCCAUCAUUGCUAACGGCAUCACCAAGGCCUGCAGAGAACUGGAGCUCAAGGUUCCCCUGGUGGUUAGGCUCGAGGGAACUAAUGUUCAGGAGGCAAAGCGUAUCCUGUCUGAGAGCGGGCUGCCCAUCACCUCUGCCACCGACCUCGAUGAUGCCGCCAAGAAAGCUGUUGCCGCCAUUCCCAAGAAAUAAAUGCAUAUAUGCAUACACACCAUUAUUACAGUAUACACAAACCAUUAGGGCUGUGGCCAGAAUCACAGUGACA